UCGAGGCUAUCAUUGGUAUACACCCUUUCAUGGUGGUUGGUGGAAUGGUGACAGUAAUGGGCAUCAAAUGCUCAUCGAUUCGCACUUUUUGCUAAAUCCCAUGGCCUGGUCUGCUUGCUAGACCAAAACUUUAUAAAAAAGCUCAACAGCAGAAGGAAAGUCAUUCAUCUAUCCACACGAUCUCUUCUCUAUUCUUUCGCCACCAAUAAAUAUAGAGAGAGAAAGUCAAGUAGAGAAUGUUGUAGUGAGAGAAAGAACGAAGGCGGCGACACAAACAACCAAUCAGAGCUUCCCUUCUAAAGCGGAUGCAAUUUAUCAAACUUUCCUUUUUCUCUUUUCAGUUACCCGUUUUUAAUUCAAUUUUCUUUGUAUCGAUACUUGUUUGCUGAACUCCGUAGAUUUUACGAAACUUCUCUGCCUUUUUGGGUAUUUCGUCGUUUCUACGAUUGGGGUUUCAGCUUCACUAAGGUACUUCCACCACUGAUUCAGUAAUUCUAUGCUACUUUAUUUCGUGGGAUCGGAUCGAUUUAACGUUGCUCUUGAUGAUAUCAAUGGAGGUUUUGAUUUUUAUUCUUAUGGCUGUUAUAUCUAUCUGAGCUGAGAAUCUAGGGUUUCAAAACAUGGGUAUUUCCUUUCCCCUUUCGUUUUGGGUGUACGAAAUUCCCUCCGUUUUGUAGCUCAAACGCUACAUAACUUCAACACCAUUUUCCUAAUCGUACUCCUUUGUGUAACAAGUCAAUUAAUUGUGAUGGAUACGGGUUUUCACCAUCAACAAACUUCAUCUCUGAAUCAACAAGCUAUAUCGUUCCAAUCAAGCCCAAGAGACAGCAAAUCUGAGAUUAGUAUGAUUGGGGAUUUGGAUUUCCAUCGAAUGAAUGGUACACAUGGCAUGAUUUUUUCAGGGAAUUCUGCUAUUGUAAACAACAGUAGUUCAACAUUCACAGGAAUUGGGAAUUCCUGUGAUUCUGUUAUUGUUGAUUCCGUCCCGGAACUGAAGCACAGAGCAGGCGUGGCUGUGGAGUGGUCUGUUGAAGAACAAUAUAAACUAGAGGAAGCACUUCUCAAAUAUGCUAAUGAACCUGGAAUUAUAAGGUAUGUCAAGAUUGCUGCCACAUUGCGUAAUAAAACUGUUCGUGAUGUUGCUCUCAGGUGUAGGUGGAUGGCGAGAAAAAGACGGAAACAUGAGGAACUCAGUUUGUGGAAGAAGUCAAAAGACAAGAAGGAUAAAUUGGUGGAAUUUUCCUCAAAGCCAAGUGUCCUACCACCAAUAUCAACAUUUAAUGUGGCUCCAUUUUCAGUUUCAAUGAAUAAUCGAGUCCAGACUGAUGGUAAUCAUGUUGAAGCGUUACAAGGCUCAAUAAGACAUUUGUUGGAACAAAACAAACAAGUUAUUGGUCAGAUCUCAACUAAUAUGUGUGCACUAAAGCUUCAAGACAAUGUCAACCUCUUCAGCCAGAUGAAGAACAAUAUAUCUGCCAUUUUAAAUGACAUGAGAUUUAUUCCUGGGCCUCCACUACCUGUAUCACUAAACGAAGAUCUUGCUAAUACCAUUCUCUCAACUAAAAACCAGACAAUGAUGUUCACCUCAUCAAGCGGAAUGCAUAUGAAACAAGAACCAGGUUCUUGGUGAGAGGACGAUUUCUUCAGUUUUUAGAUUCUCCAAGUACAGAAUUCAAUCCAAAUUUUCUUCAUGUAUUUUGAUUGCCCAUUUCGAUUCAAACCCACAAUAAGAAACUUCCAUUUUCAAAAAGCUAAGAAUGUUUAGCUUGCUGGGUAGCAAUUAGGAGAAGAGAACAAGAUUCCUACUGUAAUCGAGUGAUAAUUACUUAAUUUUACUUAUUAGCAAGACGAAUUACUGCAAUCA